GUGGAACAUUCGACGUUAUGCGUGAACUGAACACAUACCCAGAACGAUUCCAGAAUUUUUAUAGGAUGUCCCGUGAGUGUUUUUAUAAUGUAUUGGCACUUGUAAAAGAAGGACUUGAAAAGAGAUCAACCAAUUUUAGGGAACCAAUUUGCCCAGAAGAGAGACUACUGAUUACUUUAAGAUACUUUGCAUCUGGAUGUUCAUUCAAAGCGCUGUCCUAUUACUUCGUAAAAGGACAUUCUACAGUCAGAGCGGUAGUGCAUCAAACUGCUAAAGUCAUUUGGGAAAAAUUGCAACCUAAAUAUAUGCCUGUACCGACAACAGCGAAAUGGAUGCAAAUUGCAGACCGUUUUCAUUCAUUGUGGAAUCUACCUAACUGUAUCGGCAGCAUAGACGUAGCAGAUGCAGAUGGCAUGUUCGUGACAGUUGAUGUGGGCGAGUACGGACGUAAUAGUGAUGGAAGAGCAUUAAUGAACAGUAACUUUGGCAGAGCAUUACAGUCUAGUAAUCUUGAUUUACCUCAACCUCGUCCCAUACCUGGAGAUGUCAAGCAGAUUCCGUUUUAUUUUACAGCUGAUGAAGCGUUCCCCUUAAAGAAAAACAUAAUUAAGCCUUAA